CUUCUUCCCUUAAACCUAACUUUUGCCAAUUUCUAUGCAUGGUAGAUACUGAUCGUGAUAAGCUGGCACAAUCUGGUGGAAAAUUUGCUCAUUACCUGUGCAAGAUCUUAGAUGUGUACUUUUCGUAUCAUCGUGAUUCUUACUGCAUGAAAGGUGUUUAUCUUCAUGAUCCAACAGCCCUUCUUGCAGCUGUUAAUCCUUCAUUGAUCACUUAUACAGAAGGUAUUGUUAGAGUCCAGACAAUUGGCAUCACAAGGGGCCUCACAUUAUUUUACAACAAACAGAAAAGUGCUAAUAUAGGGUCAAGGAACACUUCGGAACAGAGAGAGAGAGAGCAGCAGCAGCAGCAGCAGAAGCAGUAGCAGACGAACCAAGGGGGAGAGAGGACUGUCGAUCGAACACCCCAGACGACCCACGAACAUUCCAGACGACCCACGAACCCCAGAGAGAGAGAGAGACGAGAGAGCCUUGAAUCGCGACUUUAGACCAGGCACAGAGGAUUGUCGCGACUUUGAAGAAGACCAAAGAAUAGCUUUGCAACUUCGGAGAAGCCCAGAGAAGACUUCGAGCUUCGAAUGAUCAAGGUCA